GUGGGAGAGGAGGAGAGGACCAGUGAGGCAGAGGAGGAGGAGGCAAGUGCAGGAGGCUCGGCUCUGAACGGGACUCCGCGUAAAUAAACAGCACAGCAGCAAAGCGCUCCGUGGAGGGGGAGCUGAAGAGACGGAGCACACCGGGCUUCGCGUGUCGCAUCGAAGAGGAAUAGUCAGACUGAAGAAAAACCCCACAGGAGGAAGAAGCAGACAUCUACCCUGAGAGGAAGCGGAGCGAGGGUAUUUGGGUUCCUCUGUUGUGGAAGUGCCCUCAGUCUGUGAUUGAGCAGCAGAGGGGCAAGGGCUGACCACAGUGACCCACGAUGAUGAUGGAGAUGAGGAGUUUGGAAGCAGCACUGCUGGUGUUGGUCCUGGGACACCUUGUUUCUGCUCUGGAGGUCCCACUAGACCUUCUUCCAGGAUUGGCGCAACCUCCAACAAUAACUCACCAGUCCCCAAAGGACUACAUCGUGGAUCCGCGAGAGAAUAUUAUAAUUCACUGUGAGGCGAAGGGGAAGCCGCAUCCCAGCUUCUCCUGGACGAGAAAUGGGACCCACUUUGACGUUGAACAGGACGAAAGUGUCACCAUGAGGCCUCACUCCGGGACUCUGGUGGUGGACAUCAGCAGAGCAAGACCUGAACAUUAUGAUGGAGUGUUUCAGUGCACGGCGAGGAACAAACACGGAUCUGCUGUGUCCAACAAUAUUGUCGUCAGACAGUCAAAGUCCCCCUUGUGGUCAAAGGAGAAAAACAAACCAAUCGUGGUUCAGGAGGGUGUCUCCUUGGUGCUGCCAUGCCGACCUCCAGCAGGACUUCCACCUCCCAUCAUAUUCUGGAUGGACAAUAACUUCCAGAAGUUACCUCAGAGCAAGAGGGUGUCCCAGUCCUUGAAUGGCGAUCUGUACUUCUCCAACAUCCGCCGAGAGGAUUCCAGGAACGACUACAUCUGCUACGCUCGCUUCACACACACACAAACCAUUCAGCAGAAACAGCCCAUCACUGUCAAAGUGCUCAACCUGGAUGCAAUCAAUGAAACAAUGGCAGAUUAUUAUAAUGACACUGAAUUGUUAAAUGAGGCCCCAGUGGAUGAUAGGAAGCCAACCUUCCUCAUCCCAUCUGGCCACUCGAGCUACAAGAUGGUGCUGAGGGGACACGUACUGGAGAUGGAGUGCAUUGCCGAAGGACUGCCCACCCCCGAGGUAUCCUGGACCAAAGUGAGCGGAGACCUACCGAGCAGGCGCACGUCCUUCCUUCACUUCAACAAGACCCUGCAGAUUGUGAACGUGUCUGAAUCGGAUGAGGGAGAUUACAGUUGCACAGCCAAGAACCAGCUCGGCUCUGCGCACCACAUCAUCAACGUGGAGGUCAAAGCUGCCCCUUAUUGGAUCAGUGGACCUCCAAAGAAUCUUGUUCUGGCUCCAGGAGAGAAUGGAGCGCUGACCUGCAGGGCCAGCGGCACACCCAAACCCUCCAUCAUAUGGUCAAUGAAUGGUGACCGCAUAGAGAAUUUACCUGCAGAUAUCAGCAGAAAAGUGGAGGACGACACGAUCAUCUUCACUGACGUUCAGGUUGGAUCCAGCGCUGUGUACCAGUGUAACAUCUCAAACCCGUAUGGUUACCUCCUCUCCAACGCUUUCGUCAACGUCCUCCAUGAGUCACCCAGAGUGCUGACGCCAGCCAACAAGAUCUACCAGGUCAUCGAAAAUCGCCCAGCCCUCAUGGACUGCUCCUCUUUUGGGUCACCCAUUCCCAAAAUUGAGUGGUUUAAAGACAGCAGAGCCAGCACCCUGAAUGGAGACCCUUACAUCCUGCAUGACAAUGGUACUUUGGAGAUUCAAGUAGCUCAGUCGCAGCACAAAGGCAAAUACACCUGCAUUGCCAGGAACUCGCUUGGAGCCUCUGAGAACCAUGUUUACCUGCAUAUAAAAGAGCCUACCCGUAUCCUAAAGCAACCGGUUGACACGGUGGUCCAAAGAGGUCGAUCUGUGACGUUCGAGUGUACAAUAAAACACGACAAGGAUCUCUUACCCACUUUGAUUUGGCUUAAAGAUGAUGAGGAGCUUCCUGACGAUGAACGAUUCAUUGUAGAGUCCAACAGCCUGUCUACUUCUGAUGCGUCAGAGAGAGAAUGGCUCAGAGACCAUGGGGAGCUGCCUAACGAUGACCGAUUCAUCGUAGAAUUUAACAGCCUGUACAUCACAGACGUGUCGGAGAGAGAUGCAGGGCUGUACACAUGCUACGUAAACACCACUCUGGACCAAGACUCGGUCACCGCUGAGCUGACUGUUGUCGAGACCACACCAGCUCCAGCUGUCAUCCACGGGCGACCCGAUCCCCCCACAGACCUGGAGUUGACGGACCAGAAGAAGAGGAGCAUUCAGCUUACUUGGAUCCCUGGGGAGGAACAUUACAGCCCCAUUCAGGAGUUUGUAAUCCAGUAUGAAGACUCGCUGCACCACCAAGGUCACUGGCAUGACAUUGCACGGGUUCCCGGGACCAAGACAACGGCUCAUCUCAAGCUUUCACCAUAUGUCCACUACACAUUCAGAGUGUUGGCCCGGAACGCUGUGGGUCUGAGCGAGCCUAGCAGCCCAUCUCGAAUGUAUAAAACUGAGCCUGCAGCUCCUGACCAGAACCCAAAAAAUGUCCGUGGAUCUGGAAAUAAACAUAACAAUCUUGUUAUCACCUGGGAGCCUCUGUCAGGCCUUCAGUCCAACGGUCCUGGGCUUUAUUAUAAAGUGAGUUGGAGGCAGAAGAGGCCAGGCAGCGACUGGAUAACAGCCACUACCAACAACUCCAUGUAUACUGUAUCUGAAAUACCCACAUUUAGUCCAUUUGAGAUAAAGGUUCAGGCUGUAAACAACCAUGGAGAUGGACCAGAGCCCGCUGUUGCCAUCGGCUACUCAGGAGAAGAUUUGCCAGCAGCACCUCCAGCAAAUGUUCAGGCUACAGUGCUAAACAGCACCCUGGCUCGGAUACGCUGGGACCCUGUGCCUCCUCAUUUAAUACGAGGGCAGAUCCAAGGAUACAAGGUUCAUUACUCGAGGGCACACAGCCUUCAUAAACACAACCCCCAUCACACAGAGAAGCGUGUGCUCACCUUUAGUGGGAACCACAGCCAAGGCCUGCUGCCCGGGUUGCACCCGUUCAGCCACUAUUCUUUUUAUGUGAGCGUCUUCAAUAAGAAAGGAGAGGGUCCUAAAAGUGAAAAGCAGGAGUUUAGGACACCAGAAGGAGAGCCUGGGCCACCCGCCUCGCUGUCUGUCACAGACCCCAGCCUAGAUUCACUAACCCUCGAAUGGAGUCCUCCUCAUGAACAUAAUGGGCACAUCACUGGCUACAACCUGAGAUAUCAGCCAGUCAAUAACUCCAAUGAACUUGGCCCAGAAGAGGAGCUGGCCCUGGCUGCCAAUGAGACCUCAGUCACUUUGCAAAACCUCAAGUACAGCCCACGCUACAAGUUUUAUUUGAAUGCGAGAACAAGCGUUGGAGCGGGCCCAGCCAUUUCUCAGGAAGCUGUCGUCAAGCAGGAUGAAGGAGGCACCCAAACCUCUCAUCCCGUUGCAGGGUUUCCUCCACGCCGUCCGAUCCACAAGGCUCGGCCUGUGAGUCUUUUUGCGAAUAUUAGCUCCUCGGUUGAAGAAGAUGGGGCCCUGAUCAGUUGGGAGUACUGGGGCCCAGAGAAAAAUGUUUAUGUAGAGUACAUUGCAGAAAACAGUAAGAAAAAUCACCUCAUUGAUAUUUCUCUCAGCUUCAGGCAUGGGUGGCAAGAGACUCCUACUUCAUUACUGGCUUCAGCAGGUGAAGGUGAAGAGGAGUGGCAAAAAGAGCUUGUGAACGGCUCUCAGAACGUUAAGCUGAAAGGUCUAAAGGUGGGCCUCUCCUAUAGGGUGCGUGUGGUGGCUAAGGGUCACCACGAGCAGCCGCUCCACUCCGAGGAGCUGUUUGUCACGGUCCCAGCUGUGACGAGCCGACAGGUAGACAUCGCCACUCAGGGAUGGUUCAUUGGCCUCAUGUGCGCCAUCGCCCUGCUCAUCCUGAUCCUUCUCAUUAUCUGCUUCAUUCAGAGGAAUAAAGGAGGAAAAUACCCCGUCAAAGAAAAGGAGGAUGCACACACAGACCCGGAGUUCCAGCCAAUGAAAGAUGAUGACUGUACUUUUGUGGAAUACAGUGACAAUGAGGACCAUAAACUGGUAAAAGAGAGCCGCACGCCGUCUAACGGGACGGUUAAGAGAGACGACAGUGACGACAGCUUAGUUGACUACGGGGAAGGAGGAGACGGACAGUUCAACGAGGACGGCUCCUUUAUUGGCCAGUAUAGUGGAAAGAGUUCCAGCAGGGACAAUGCUGAGGGCCCUGAGAGCUCAGGGGCCCCAUCCCCGAUUAAUGCCAUGAACUCCUUGAACUCUUUUGUGUAGCGGUGUGGUGUGCUUGCUGCAUCCCGAAAAUUGGCAGAAUGUCCAUUUAGCAUGGAGAUUUGGGUUUGGGGGUUUGGGGGUCUCACGACUCUGCAUGGCUUCAUAAUCACACACCUCUGAGGCACAAGAAACAUAGAAAGACUGAUUUUUUUUUUUUUUUUUGGAAAUCUUCCUGACAACGUUGGGCUUAGUAGCUGAAUUGUAUGAUACUGAUUUGACAAUACAUGCUUUUACUUUAAGACAUAUAUUAUUAAUACUUUGACAUUAACUCAUAUUGCAUCUUUCAAUAGGUCUCACAUGAGCAAUGCAGUGCUUUUCUGAAAUACAUACAGUAUAUUAUGUUGGUUUUGACAUUUUUAUUUUUUUUCACUGAAACAGUGUUAAAUGUCAACAGUAAGCAGCUAACGUGCAUAUUUCCAACGGAGAACAGGACGUUGUCGUGACAUAGUGCGCUGAUAUAAUGCAUGUGCUGCAAUAAUUCGGUUUCCAGAUGCAUUUACAAUCCCACUGGCAGGACAUGCACACCUGCUGGGUGAUAUAACCAAAUCAUACGAAGGGUGCAGUUCAUUGCAAAAGUAUUCAGAUCCCCCAGUUAACAAUGUCAAACUUGUGUGUAUUUUAUUGGGAUUUUAUGUAACACACAAACUGGUACGUGUGUGUGUGUGUGUGUACACAUCGUUGAUAGGGACACGUUCAUGACUUUCUCACUUUUUUUUUUUGCAAUUUUGAGUCAGUGCUUGUUUGGAUCACCUUAGAAUCAUCCGCAAGUAUUUUGGAGCAAGUCUGUAUUAGAGGAAACUCAGAUUAAAUUGAGAACAUCAAUUCGUAAGGUCUGGAUAUAGUUCUUUAUUUGGAUCCAUCUUCCAUCAGCUUCACUGUUCGUACAGUAUGAUAAUGCCAAUAACAGUACCAGAGCUAUGGAUCUCUGGGAUUCCUUUAGAGUUUGUAUGUCCCUCUUGGCUUUUUUUCUGAUCAGUAGCUGCCUUGCCUACAUUGUAGAUAGAUUUUGUUUGUUUUCAAGUGAUGUAUUGAACAGUUCUCCAGGAAAUGUUCGAAGCUUUGGAUACUGUUUUCCGACCUAACCGUGCUUUAAGCUUCUCCAUGCCUUUAUCCCAGGCCUUCCUGCUUUGUUCCUUGUAUUUUAUGAUCCUGUUUGUUCAUUAACGUUCUCUAGAAAACAUGCAAACAGUUAGAUUUGUACAGAAAUUAAAUCUUACUGAGAUUUGGUGACGUGUAAAAGUCAUACUGGUUUUUAACUGAGAGCAAAUGAACGCCACAGCCUUUUCCGUCAACUUCUCAAUGAUGCACAGCUGUAUGUUGAUAUAUCGUAAAAUCUCCAUAAAAUAUACUCAGGUCUGUGAUUAUAAAAUGAGAAGCAGCUCAAGGGGGCUGAAUACUUUUUCAAGUUGGGUGCUGACAGGUCCUCCUUUGUCACCUCUUUAAUCUGCACCUGCAAAUGUAGAUGUUGAAAUGCAGCUUUGGAUGUGUCAUGCCAUCUUCAUAUAUUUUUUCCCCCCCUGCAUGUGACCUCCUGUUUUUUUUUAGCCCAAUUUGAAGAUCAGACGUCAACGCUGAAGGUCCAGCAGCUUGGAGGGGUUCCUUCAGCAGGUAGUGCCUUUCUAAAGCAGAGACUCAGUUCUGAAGACUCUCAUUGGAGUUUAAUUACUACAGUGAAGACAAUAAUGGGAUUUGUAAGAGUCAGGUCCAAGGAAAAAAAUAUGACACGUCAUAAAUUCACUCCUAAUGAUGCUUUGAUAUGCAGCUUUCUUUCUUUAUUGGGAUUGGAUCGAAACAUUGUUAAAGCUUCUUGUGGUGCAUCAGAGAUGCUAUUGAUUGUAUUUCUUCAAUGUUUAAAUGUACAUGGAUUUGUGUUAUGGUGUGUGUGAGUGUUUGUGGAUGCCUGACAUUCAGUUUCAUUGAGGCAAGCGUUGUUCAAAUGUACUAACUACACUUGAGGGCCUUUGGAUGGAAUCAAGAUUUUCCUUUUCUUAACUUGCAUCAAGUUUUAUUUUUAAAACAUUUAGUUGAUGUGUAUUUUGACGACUGUGUAAAUACAUGAAUUGAUUGUACAGGCACAAGCAGAUUUUGAGUGGCAAUAUUGUGCAUGAUGUGGUUUUAUUUGUUACUUUGACUAUAAUAAAUAUAGACAACUAUAGACUUGUAGAGAAUAUAUAUAUACAGCCUCAAAUGUUUCAUUUUUUUAUUAUUAUUAUUGUUUCUGUGCAACUUGUAAAUUGUAAUUAACUAAUGGGACAGAAAUUUUCUUAUGAAUAACGUGUUGUUUUUUUUGUUCUAAUACUCAUGGCAUCAUAAUGCACUGGCUGAUAUUCUGAUUUAAACUGGUUGUAAUGGUUUCUAUUGUACUCCUGUAGGAAUUGAUUCACUUUGUUUUCAAGUAUCUCAGAUGUUUUGUAUUUUAGAGCCAGAUUUGUACUAACAAAUGAUUUCAUUUCAGCUAUUUAAGUUUUUAUUCUCUCUAUUGCUGGUUUGACUUUCAGUCUACAGGAAAUAUGAUGCAUAAAUAAAUCAUCUGCUUUAAA